AUGGAGUCCGAGGCCCCGGACUCCCGCAAGAGGCCCUUAGAGACGCCCCCCGAGGUCGUCAGCACCAAACGCAGCAACACGGGAGAGGAGGGUGAAUAUUUCCUAAAGGUGCUCAUCCCCAGCUAUGCUGCGGGCUCCAUCAUUGGCAAAGGCGGCCAAACUAUCGUGCAGCUGCAGAAGGAGACUGGGGCCACCAUCAAGCUCUCUAAAUCCAAGGACUUCUACCCUGGGACCACAGAGAGGGUGUGCCUGGUACAGGGAACUGCCGAGGCCCUGAAUGCCGUCCACAGCUUCAUCGCAGAGAAGGUUCGGGAAAUCCCACAGGCCAUGGCCAAGCCUGAGGUGGCCAGCAUCCUGCAGCCACAGACCACCAUGAACCCUGACAGGGCCAAGCAGGCUAAGUUGAUAGUCCCCAACAGCACAGCUGGUCUGAUCAUUGGCAAAGGGGGUGCAACGGUGAAGGCAGUCAUGGAGCAGUCAGGCGCGUGGGUCCAGCUGUCCCAGAAACCAGAGGGCAUCAACCUGCAGGAGCGAGUGGUGACGGUGAGCGGGGAGCCCGAGCAGGUGCACAAGGCUGUGGCCGCCAUCGUCCAGAAGGUGCAGGAGGACCCGCAGAGUAGCAGCUGCCUGAACAUCAGCUAUGCCAAUGUGGCGGGGCCUGUGGCCAACUCCAACCCCACGGGCUCACCCUAUGCCAGCCCGGCUGAUGUCCUCCCAGCAGCCGCCGCCGCAGCCUCUGCCGCCGCCGCCGCCGCCUCCGGGCUCCUUGGCCCCGCGGGCCUGGCGGGUGUGGGUGCCUUUCCUGCUGCCCUGCCGGCCUUUUCAGGGACCGACCUGCUGGCCAUCAGUACGGCCCUCAACACACUGGCCAGCUAUGGCUACAGUGCCAACUCACUGGGCCUGGGCCUUGGCUCGGCUGCGGCCUCAGGGGUCCUCGCGGCUGUGGCGGCUGGGGCAAAUCCAGCUGCCGCCGCCGCCGCCAACCUACUAGCCUCCUAUGCCGGCGAGGCUGCUGCUGGGCCAGCGGCAGGUGCGGCCCCACCCCCACCCCCACCCCCCCCUGGGGCACUGGGCUCCUUUGCCUUGGCAGCGGCUGCCAAUGGCUACCUGGGAGCAGCAGGGGGGGGUGGCGGUGGGGGUGGCGGGGCAGGAGCCGGGGGGUUCCUGGCAGCCGAGAAGCUGGCGGCAGAGAGCGCCAAGGAGCUGGUGGAAAUUGCGGUGCCAGAGAACCUCGUGGGUGCCAUCCUGGGCAAGGGGGGGAAAACACUGGUAGAGUACCAGGAGUUGACAGGUGCCCGCAUCCAGAUCUCUAAGAAGGGGGAGUUCCUGCCUGGCACUCGGAACCGGCGGGUGACCAUUACAGGCAGCCCUGCAGCCACACAGGCCGCACAGUAUCUCAUAAGCCAGAGGGUCACCUAUGAGCAGGGGGUCCGUGCCACGAACCCCCAAAAAGUGGGAUAAAAGGGGGUGGGGAGCAAUGGCUCCCAACCCUCCCCACCCGUAUCCCCUCUACCCCCUGACGCCGUCCCUCUUUCCCCAUCCUGGUUUGGUUCGGGUGUCCGGCAAGGGGCUUGCCUAAAUCCACCCCACCUUUGAGUGGCUGGAUCGGAGUUGGGGAUGGGAGGUGCUCCCCAUGCUCCUCCCCCCCAGUUUGACACACCUCCCUGUGCUUAGCUGGACCCCCAACUCCUCCAGGGCAGCGGGGAGACUGGGGGCCCCAGUCUGUGUGAUAUCUGUAUAUAUUUUGUUGAUUUUAAUAGAAAA